AUGGUAAAACAAAUCUUCAAAAAACCGGUAGGGUCGGAAGAGCCCUGCUCCCUGGAGUUGAGAGGAAAACAAGGAAGCCCCACGCGGAUGUUGCAGGUCGUGGCUGGUUUUGCGGUCAUUUGGGCGGUGGCCAUGGCAUUGACUAUGGCCCUGAGACAAGGCCCCGUCCCCUCUGCACCUAGCCUGGGGCCACCGGGCGGGGACUAUAGUCACCAGGGAGAGCCGCCGGAUGACGGGGGCGAGUCCUCAGGAAACAACAACUCAUGCAGUUUUGUCCUGGUGGAGAGCUUCCCGCUCGACAUGCCCUACACGCCCAGCAGCCCGAUGGGGCAGCCCAUCUCCCAGGCCUGGGGACGGCUCCUGGACAUGGCUCGAGAGAGUGUCCACGUGGUUUCGUACUACUGGUCCCUUACAGGAGCGGACAUCGGGGUCAACGACUCGUCUUCUCAACUGGGAGAAGAGAUCCUGAAGAAGUUGGAAAGCUUACCGGCCAGGAACGUCUCCCUGCUGGUCGUGGCAAGCAUCCCCACCCUGGCAUUGGCGUCAGAGGACCUAAGGGUGCUGGAGCGAGCAGGGGCUCAGGUAAGGAGAGUCAACCUGGGCCGCUUGACCCAGGGCGUCCUGCACAGCAAGUUCUGGGUGGUGGACAUGCAGCAUAUUUACCUGGGAAGUGCCAACAUGGACUGGAGGUCCCUGACACAGGUGAAGGAGCUGGGGGCCGUCAUCUACAACUGCAGCCGCCUCGCCAGGGAUCUCUGGAAAAUCUUCCAAACCUACUGGGAUCUGGGCACUCCUGGGGCUGUCAUCCCGCCCUCCUGGCCGCAGAACUAUUCCACCAGCAUCAACAGCCACCGGCCCUUGGACGUGGACUUCAAUGGGACGGCGGCCGAAGCUUUCCUCGCGGCGUCUCCCCCGGCUCUGUGCCCCCGAGGACGCACCCACGACCUGGCUGCACUGCUGCAGGGCAUCAUGGAGGCCCAGGAGUUUGUGCACAUCUCUGUGAUGGAAUACUUCCCCACCACCCGCUUCCAGAAACCGCCCAGGUACUGGCCCGUCAUCGACAACGCCUUGAGGGCUGCCGCCUUCAACCGCAAUGUUCCCAUCCGGCUCUUGGUCAGCUGCGGGGUCGACACUGACCCCUCCAUGUUGGCUUACCUCCGCUCUCUCCGAGCCCUCCACCACCCGGAAGCCAACAUCACCGUGGAGGUGAAAAUCUUCAUCGUUCCCAUCAAGAAUCACUCAAACAUCCCUUUUGGCCGACUGAACCACAACAAAUAUAUGGUCACGGAGAAGGUGGUCUAUAUUGGAACCUCCAACUGGUCAGAAGAGUAUUUCAGCAACACAGCCGGGGUGGGCCUCAUCCUCAGGCCGAAGGCCUCGGACCCCCAGAGACGGCGUUGGGCCGCUCGGGAACUCGUGCAGCGCGUGUUUGACCGCGACUGGAGUUCCGACUAUGCCGUCAGCCUGGAAGACCUGCCCGGCCACCCUGACUGUGCCUGGACAGAGCAGCCCGGAGGCCACUGAGGGCAGGGGCGCCUUCCAAAGCCCCCUCACCUCCUCCCACAAGUCUUUGUGGGC